CCAGCGCACGACUCAGCGCUGAGAGCCAUCGAUGAGGAAGUGUAAUUGAACCUGCUGUGAGGAGGGAGGAACGCGUCUCCUCUCUGUAGUUCCUGGAGAGAGCGUCACCCAUCAAAACGCGCGGACUGGUGAGCAUAUCGCACUGGGAAUUACCGGGAUGUCCAAAGGAAUACUAUCAGUAAUCAUGUGCCUUAUUGGCACGGAGUCGGUGCCACCACAGCGGUAAGGUUUGUGGAGAGAGGGAAAGAGGAGGAGGAGGGGUAGACAGCCUGGCAGACAGGUGCGACUCCACAGCCUGUUUCAUUUUCUCUCGGUCCUAUUAAGUAGUAGAGCCAUGGAUACCCGCAAGGAAAACAAGGAAAGAAAAGCCAUGAAACCCAAAACGACGAAGCGAAAGGAGAAGAAAUACAAAACCGGGAGGUUUAUCAGGAGGAAAUCGCUGCGGUCUUUUGGGAAUUUCAUGGGAAGGAUCCUUAAAACUUUGGGCACUUUGGCGCACUUUGGCGACGCGGAGCCGCCGGACGCGGAGGACGACGACGGCGGGUUCGGGCAGAGCGCAUCGGGGGGUUUCAAAGACGACUGUGCGCAGACCCCCAGGGAGGGAACCGUGAAGAAGAGCUCCACGGUGUCCUCCUCUCACGGCUCGGUGAAAGACAGGCUGUCUUGGUGCCACGGCGACAAGACCCCCGGGGUGCUGGGACUGAAGAACCACGGCAACACCUGUUUCAUGAACGCCGUGGUUCAGUGCCUCAGCAACACGGACCUGCUGGCCGAGUACCUCGGGCUGGAGCAGUACAAGUCGGAUUUGUACCACAGGAGGGUGAACGGCGAGGUGAGAGGCGAGGAGCCGGAGAGCGCCAGGGGAGAGGUGACCGAGCAGCUGGCGUCGCUGGUUCGAGGUCUGUGGACCCUGGAGUACACGCCGCAGCUGUCUGUGGAGUUCAAGAGCAUAGUGGCCAAGUACGGCUCUCAGUUUCGAGGAAACUCUCAGCAUGAUGCCCUCGAGUUCCUCCUCUGGCUUUUGGACAGAGUGCAUGAAGAUGCUAAUCCCAGCCUCAACAACAACACUAACAGCAGCAGCAAGACCAAAGCCAACACCAAGGGACCCAGUUCAGUUGAGGACCCUUCCAGUCCCAGUUCAGCCAGCAAACAGCAGCCUCGAGAUCGACACAGUUUUGUCCAGGAACACUUCCAGGCUCAGUACAGGUCUUCUCUGACGUGCCCUCAUUGCCUUAAGCAGAGCAACACCUUCGACCCAUUUUCAUGUAUCUCCCUGCCUAUCCCCCUACGGCAAACCAGGCCGAUGUGUGUGACGCUGGUGUUCAGUACGAAGGGUCAGAGGUACCUGCGGGUGGGGCUGGCUGUACCUCUCUUUGGUUCCCUGUCCUGCCUCAGAGCCAUGGUGGCAGAGGAGGGCAACAUCUCCCCGGACCAGGUCAUCCUGGCUGAGUUGUACUCCACGGGUUUUCAGCGUUCCUUUUCGGAUGAUGAUGACCUGACAGCAAUUGCUGAUAGCGACGUCAUCUACGCCUUUCAGGCUCCUCCCCUCUACAGUCGUGGAGGCUCCGCGCCGCACUCAGGGUAUCACCACAGCCUCCCCUCCUCCCCCUACACAUCUAUGGCUGGACCCAACGGUCAGAGGUUACCUCCGUCUGGCACCCUCUCCUCUGAAUACCUGAACCAGGGCGCCUCCACAAAGGUCCUCCUCCUCAUCUGCAACACAGCGGGAUCGGGCCAGCAGGCUGUCAGGUUUGGGCCUCCAUUUCUCAUGCGUGAAGACAGGAGCAUCUCCUGGGAUCAGCUGCAGCAGAGCAUUCUCAGCAAGCUCUAUUAUCUGAUGCUGAAUGGAUCUCAGGCUCAGAAUGCUGGGGUGCUGUUUAAGAUCAGAGUAGUUGGAGGAUCGGCAGCCUACAGCUACCUGUCCCCACAGGACAGCCGGCCGCUGUACCAUCCUGCAGUUGACAGGGCUCUGAAGUUCUGUGGCCCUGGGGGACCCCCGCACGUUAAGGUUGUCAUCGAAUGGGAUAACAAGACUAAAGAAUGUCUCUUUGGCAGUAUCCAAGAGGAGGUGGUGAAGGACGCAGAGAGUGUGAGGAACCAGCAGCAGCAGCACCUACAGCAGCAUAGUUGUACCCUGGACGAGUGCUUUCAACUGUAUACCAAAGAAGAACAGCUUGCCCCAGAUGAUGCCUGGAAGUGUCCCCACUGUAAGCAGCUUCAGCAGGGCAUGGUGAAGAUGAGCCUGUGGACUCUCCCUGACAUACUCAUCCUCCAUCUCAAGCGCUUCCGACAGGUAGGCGAGCGGAGGAACAAGCUGUCAACCCUGGUGCGUUUCCCCUUGACUGGUUUGGACAUGGCCCCCCAUGUGGUAAAGAGGAGUCAAAGUAUGAGGAACCUGCACCUAGGGGCCUGGCAACAGCCUUGGAAGCAGCCCUCAGGCCAACACCACCAACCUGCUGACAUGAGCCUCCCCCACGACUAUCUGUACGACCUCUACGCUGUGUGUAACCAUCAUGGAGGAAUGCACGGAGGCCAUUAUACUGCAUACUGUAGGAACUCAGUGGACGGACAGUGGUACAGCUACGAUGACAGCAGUGUUGACUUGGUGCCAGAGGAGGAAGUCUGUACCAGAGGAGCCUACAUCCUUUUCUACCAGAGACGCAACACCAUUCCUCCAUGGUCAGCCAGUUGCUCCAUCAGAGGCUCCACCAGUUCAUCAAUGUCAGACCACUGGCUAAUCCGCCUGACAGGGGAUAGUAAGAGAGGCAGUCUGGUCUCUCGAUCCUCCACCACCUGCCCAUCCUCCUUACCUGACUCGCCUGAGUCUCCAGUCUUCCUUGAAAAUGGUUCUAAAGAGGAAAAGGGGGGUUUUGAGAGCAGGCCAUUUAUCAGGGGCCUUCAGGGACGCAGCGUGAGCAUGAGAGCCCCCAGCAAGACCAAGGACACUCUGAGCAAAGUGCUUCCCCUACGUUGGUCCUUUGGUUCAAAGGACAGACGGAAACCUGACCCAGUGCCUCCAUCUGUCCAAGAUCCAGCCCCUGUGGAGCUGGUACAGUACUUGGAAUCUGGCCGGCGGCCCCGAUGCACAAAGGAUCCAAUAGUAACAUUGAUGAGCGAACCACGCAGCACCAAGGAAGCCACUGGGGGCCGGACGGCAGCCAACGUCAGAUCUUCCAGUGUAGGAAGCUUAAGCUGUAUGAGUAAGGCAGUAGAUGAGCUGCCGCCUGACUCUCCACAAGUCCCAGAGGGCCAGCGGAGGCCAUCGGAGAAGACAGCCAGCUUGAGACGCAGGAAGGGGAGCCAGACAAGAGAUGAGAGCACCACAAAUAUCAGCAGUAGCUUCAGCAGUAACACCCUCACCAGGAGGAAGGAUGCCAGGAAACAGAGCUCCUCCAAAGCCUCCCAGGAUACUGCUGAGACAAAAAGGAGUGCUGGAGUUCAACCCAGCUACAGCACUCCUAGCCUUCAGGAUGGGACCCUGAGAAGACAAAAAGGGGACAGGCCUGACAGGGAGCACCACGGUGGACAUGAAGGAAACUCUAAGAGCAAGAAAGGAGAAGUUCCCAAGAGCCAUGAGGGACUGCUCUCCUUCUUUAAAGGUAACUUCCUGAAGAAGGACAGGGACUCAAGGAAGUCCAAGGAGGGUGAGUCAGGAAAAGAAGGAGGUGAUGAAGGAGGCAGGAGGACUCUCUCUAGGCUGUCACUGUCCAACGGAGCAGCAGGAGGAGGAACCGGGGUAGAAGGAAGCAAGUCUAAUGGCUCGGGCCAUCCAGGCGAUGAGCUGGCAAACGGGAAAGUGGGACGGACCGCGGCGGACAUCAAGCGCUCCCAGAGCUCCUCCAAUAUCCCCACCAAAGCGGAGCAGAGCAUGCGUAGGACAGCAUCUUUGCAUCGUAACGGGAUGUCUACAGCCCCGUCGCGCAGCCUGACAACAGACAAACCGUCUUACGGCACCCUGCAGAGGACUCGUUACAGCACAACCUCGCUGGGACGCAAAAGGACAGUCCCAGAGUCCAGCUUCUGACAUGGAGAUAUUCAACAUAUGAACACACACACAAAAAACACACACACACAAAGCCUUUUAUCUGUCAUGAAGUGAAUGACAUCCAAUCUUUGACAUCAAAGCAAUAGAGCUCAACUCACAGUGGUGCGCCUUUUUGUCCACAGAAAAUGAACUGGCUCAAGUGGCUUGCACAAUGGAGCUGAGAGAUACGGAGAAAAUGAAGGCUUCUUUAACGCUGGGAUAUAAAGAGCAGAAUGAAAUGAUGGUACCUGUCCGUCAAAUGUCAGAGGGAGUCCAUUUUUAUUCUGUUUAUUUUCUCAAUGUCUUAAAACAAGUGCCUGAGCAACUAAUAUGCAGUUUAGACCAAUGAGUUUGUCUGUUUAGCACUGGAAGCACGAAAUUACACACACACACACACACACACACACGCACAUACAAGCAUAUUAUCCGCAUCUGUGUCUUAUUACUGUAGUGUGAGUGUCAGGAUUCAUCACUCCAUUUUGAAUUCUCGUUGUUGUCUGCUUAAAAUGAAGACACACUGAUUGUGUUCAUUUCUAAGAAUGUAAUCUGUCCACAAGAUACAUGGUGGUGCUUUGAGGCCGCAGUUUUCUGAUUAACAUCAAUUAUUCAUCUUUAAGCCCUUGUUUGACGUUAAUUUAAAGUAGCUGAAGGAUGGCUUUGAACACAAAGCAAAGUUUUUAUAAAGAAGUGACUUGUCCCCAUGCGACCCAGACUGCAGUUGUUGUUUAACCUGCAGUAAAUAGGACCUCUGACCGUAAUAACUCGCUGGGUUGAAGUGAUAUCCUGUAGAAUCACUGACCUGGGUCUCCUAAUUAUUAUUUGGCUAAGACACUAAAUCCCCAUCAUGUCUAAUAACACUUUAUAACUGAGCCGGACUAACCUCCCUGUGGCAGAAGAGAAUUUGAAAUAUACAUUUGUUUACUGUGAAGUGUAAUAUGAAUGCAAUAUCCACUCUUAAAGAUUAGUUUUAUACCUUUUAUAUAACAUCAGUUAACCAUAUUAGAUGCAUUCCUUGGGGUUUGUUCUUUUUGUUGUUUUAUUUUUGGUUUAACAUCUUUUUUUUUUCCUUAGUUUACGAUUGAUUAUGUUUUCCAUCACCUUGAUCAGCUGUCAGGAGACUGUUGCAGUCAGUCAUAUGGUGUACAGUAUGAUAGCGGUGUCCCCAAUUAACACAGCAAAAGAGUGUGAUUUUUUUUGUUUUGUUUUUUGUCCUGACUCAAAAUGCAGAAUGAGGCUGCAUCACAUGUGGCUCUAUUGAAGCUGUGAUUAUAGCGGCCUAAAAAUACAAACCUCUCUCUUUUGAUUGUGAGAAAUUUUCCCCAGAAUCAAACAUUGACUGAUGUUGAUUUUUGCGAGCAGUCUUCCCCUAGAGCAAAGCUGGAAAUCUUGCAGCCUAAGAUUGACCACAUUUUGGCAGUUAGAAGUGAAAAAAAUGAUCCCCAAAACACCAAAAUGGAUGCAAAAAUGCAACGUGCAAAGAGUGUCAACAGUUUAAGGGUUUGGAUUUUUAUUUAUUUAUCCCAAGUCUGACCAGUCUAAUAUAUAGAAGAUUUAAAUUGCCUAAAUUUAAACAUUUUUAAAAGAAAUAAAGUGAAAUACAAUGCACAUUUUUAUAUGUAUUUCCUUUUAUGUAUGCAUUUACUGUGGGUUAUUUACUGUCAGCAUUUACCGAGAACUGAGCCAAGAGGAUUCCUCCAAGUAUCUGUUUGUACACUUGCUUGCGGCACAAUCCAUCCCUUAAAACUGCAAACAGUCAAUCACAAAUGGAAGUGAUGCCUACCUUACACCAGAAGGCUUUGAAAAGAUUUUGAAAACACUGUUAUGAGACUAAAGUCUGACACCCCCUCACAUCUAAAGACAAUGUAAGCUUUUGCAAAGGCCUGGAAUGUUACAAGGUCCCUGUUUGCAAAACUAAACUAGAUUCACUUUGAGAUUAUUUUCCAUCCUGCUCCUGGUGGAAAAUAUGACGUCAAACCCCCUCAAACUCAAAGACAUAUGGCAUAAAAACAAUUCCUUAACUGUCCGCAAAAUACAUAACCUAGAAACACAAGAUAAAAGACAUCAUAUGUCAACAGUGUUAUUGUCAGUUGGCAUCAAUACGGUCCAUAAAGAUAAACUAUUAUUUGCACACAAACAUUUUGGAUUUGACGUCUCAACUCACCACCAGCCUCUGUUUGUUAGCUGUGCUAUUUUAGUUAGACGAGACCAUGAGAAUGAGAGAAAAAGUAUUGUUGAAAAUUAAGAUUUCUUUGCUCAGCCUGCUGCCCUGCCCUGCUUCUGAUAAGCAGUUGAAAAUGGAUGGAUGGACUAAAAUAUGUGUUGGUUGAUGGAUCAGAUACAAGCCGAACACCGAUGCUUGUUCACCCCUUCACCCCACAAUGUUCUUGCACCUCCCCUCCUCCCCAUGGAGUCCCUUCCAUGUUUACUUUCUACAUGGUGUGCUACUACAGCUAUUGGCUGUUGACAGUGUUCAAGUCAUUGAACAUUGAAAUCUCCUGAUAAUAUUAAACAUUUCAUUUUAUCCAGCCGUCAAGGCAAAAAAAAAAACUUACACCAAAUGAUCAGGAUUACAGGGGAGCACACCAACUCCAGCAAAACUUAUGAUUUCAUUCCGCCAUUAGAAAUUUAUCAGAAUAAAGUAAAAUGUUGUUUAUGUAGUUUGAAGGGUGGUGUAAAUGUGACAUCAAUAGCAAUCACCCUCUGACAUCCACCCAUGGUUCCUCCCCCAAGGUAGCCUGAGUGUCAGACUGAAGCUCCCAGAACCUUCAGUCUGACAUGGCUUCCAUUGAAGGCGAUUUACAAGGGGGAGGGAAUUUGAUUUUUCCCUAACCAAUCAGUAGAGAUCAACGACUCACCCAGAAUCUGACGUCAUUAGUAUCCAUGCCUCGGGGGUGCCGAAAACAAGCGAGCAUUGCCCGUUUAAAAUGUCUCCGUCGUCGUGCACGCCCAGCUGCAUCACCGUUAAAUCCAGUUUAGCAGCUUCAUUAAUUUGGUCCUCCAUUAACGCGAGUAGUGGCGAAAUACCUCGAUAGCAUCGUUAAUGUGGUCUGUAGGAUCUGUAGCGGUCGCCAUUGUUGCUAUCCUCACCAGUUACCCACCGGCGGUGGUAUUUUUUUUUCGUAGGAUGGUAGGGGAAGGUACCGCCUUUUCCGCCUCUGAUUGGCUAGAAGGGCUCUCCUCCGAUUGGUUAUUUGAUUUGGCCGUGAAACAUCAUCUCACGUUCAUGGCAUGCUGUUGGCUAGUCUGUUUUGAUCGUCUUUACCACCAACAGAAGUAAACGAAGUCAAUCCAACAGUGUGAUAAGUGCGUGCCGUCAGAUUUAUAUUAAUGGAAAGCACAUCGCCGAAUUUAAGGUUGACACAUAAAGUGUAUGUCCACAUCUUAACAUAUGUUCUCAUAGGCACGAAAAGUAUCCAAUAGAUGAGGAAAUGGUAAACUAAGCGAUUUCUCAAGGCAAUUUGGCAGCACGCUCUGGAGGACUUUAAAAAACUUCUAAAUUCUAUUUAUUUUGUUGUGCCAUUUGUUUUAAUUUAGGCAUUUUAAAUCUUCCAUACUUAUCAGAAAGAACUAUUUUGUGAAUCUGGUGUGAUGAAGGUUUUGCUGUGCACAGCUCUUUUCCCAGCUGAGAGUAUUAUGAUAAAUGAUGUCUGUGUUUAUUUCCUGUUAAUUUAAACUCUGCUGGAUUUAUGGGGGCACACGCAAGCACAUUUUAUUUAAUUCAGUCUAAUCUGUUUUGUUUUUUUCUUAAUUUUACCUUAUUUCUCCCCAUAUGAACAUGCUUCGAAUUCAAAUGGUUAGUUGUUCACUUGUGUGUAUGUCUUGGUGCAAUUACUGUACACUGUUGGCCACUGUACAGCUUCAGCUAGAGCCACUGGGAGUGACGCACUUCCCUCACUGUCACUUACAUAACUGCUGGAGGAGAGCAGAUUGUUAAUUUCAUUUCCCUGGACCACAUGUGUCCAGCACCCUCCAUUAAUUAAAAUGGGUGACUUCCUAGUCACAAGUCUGCUUCAAAUUCUGGUCAUGCUAUAUGGGUGUAGCAGGCCAGCAGGAUCACCUCAUUUUUGCUGCUGCACUAAUGUUCCCAUGUUUUAUGUGCACAAAAAUCUCCCAUGAUGCCUUCUCAGGCUCUACACACGUAUGGCCCCUCAUUAAUAUUUGCACACUGCUGAGACUUGAUUUGCACUUUACACAUAAGGAGAUCUCUUAAGUAAAUAGCAGUACCGCUCAUGUUUAAUAAGAUUCUUCAACUGAAUGACACUGCUGUUUGAAAAGAAUCAGUCAUACUUGGAACAGUUUACUGACAGUGUAAGGUGUAAAAAUAACACAGUGUUACUAAGAUGGAGAAGCUGCAUUGUUCACUUCUCACCAAUACUAUUGACCCUGAAUUAGCUUGUAAUUGAAAACAUAAAUGAGUUAGAUAAGACACAUCAAAGCAUAAAGUUAAUGCUCCAUAUCAGCUUCAGAAAUAGGCCUAAAUGUGUGUGACUGAACAGUCAAUGGUGUAUUCAGGCCAAAAAUUCAGCCGUAGAAUGUAGAGGACAUUGAAUAACCCCCGUCUUUUGCAAGCCUUCUCUCUGUUAGAAGAAUGAUUAUAAAGGUAUUGUACAGCUUCUGUCCGUUUCGCAGCCUUCAGCUGCAUACACAGAGAAAAGCAGGACAGCAGGAGGAGCACAGUGUCUAAGCACUACACCGACAGCCUUUUAUUGUUUAGUGUGUGUACUUUCCCUUAGCCUUGACACCUGAUGGUAGAUACAGUUCUGUGCUGUCAUCAAUUUUUUUUUCGUUGGAGUUCAGCUGACUCCCACUGGAGCUUUGCAUCAGUGUAUUAAUCCGUAUUAGAGACUAGAACAAGUUCUUUUGUUUGUCGCUAAAGAGGCAAGCAGAAGUUUAUUGACACAAGCCGGACUCUGCCAGGUCACAGAGUAGCACAUCUGAAUGCUUCCUCGCACAAGUACUGAUGAAUAUGAGUUUGUCACGCUUUUGUAUUCUGUUUUUAAAAGAAUCAUAUCGGUCCUAGAGGUCUCUACUUAUUCAGUCUAAAUGUAAAAUAAAUUCACAGAAAUCCUUGGCAAGACUGAGAAACUAUUAAUUAGAGGUUAAAAGUAAUUUGCUGCAAAUGCUGUAUUUUGUUCAAGGCUUGUCUCAAUGCUUCAGUUUGAUCUCACAUUAAUCUCACAACAAUCACAACAGUUACAUAGCAUCGAACAACUAUGUGUGGAGUAAUGGCGUCCUGAGCAGUGAAAGAAGUCACACUCCCUCUGUGUGUGUGUGUGUGUGUGUGUGUGUGUGUUGUAGUCCAAGCUUCUCAGCCCUCUGUUGUGGUUGACAGUCUGGCCAAGCGUACAUAUUAGUGUGUGUGAGUCUCUGAGUGUGUGUGUAUCCCACUGGCUAAUCACCAACAUUCUGCACUGUACUGCAGCAGUCACCAGAGGUGUGGACCUGAGUCACAUGAGUUGGACUCAGGUCACACUCGAGUCACAAAUUUGAUGACUUUAGAAUCAACCUUAGAAAAUCAAAAAAGACUUAAGCUCAACUUUGACUCUACCACCAGUGACUUGUAACCUCACUUGGACUUCAGCCUUUUGACUGGAAUAUAUUUCCAACCUUUCUCCGGGCCCAAAAUAAAGUUUGUAUUUAAAAAGUGUGCCAAAAAUCAAUCCAUUCCCUCAAUAUUCCUUCCCAGUAAAUCGACUCUUGAUGCCCCAGAUCCCCUUUGUUUGAAGCAAUCAGACAGCAUCUAACAAAUUGCAGGAGAGAAUAAUGAAAUACUAGCAGUGCAUUACUGAUUGACAGUUGGAAAAGAAGAUACCAAAGAUAAUUUUGUUUGCUCACAAAAACUCUGCAGUGGUCAACAAAAAAGGAACAGCGGUAUGCAAAACAUGCAAGUUGAAAAGGAGACACAGCAACUUUUUUUAAAAACAAAUAAGUAAAAAUUUUAAAAAGCAUUCAUGAUUUUUGUCAGAUAUAUUCAGACUGGGAUUAUAGUGGGUGAAGAGCACAUCAGGACCUUUUUAGGACUCGAAACUCAAAGUUUAAGACUUAGGAAUUGACUUGGGACUUUUCAGGCUUUACUUGGGACUUGACUGCAAAGACUUGAGACUUACUUGUGACGUGCAAAACAAUGACCUGGUCCCACUUCUGGCACCACCAACAUCGUCAUGAAAGCGUAAUGCUCACACGCAUAAACACUGUUAGCUCUGUCAGCACUGUUGCUGUUGUUAUCACUGUUUUUAGCUGCCGCUUAGCCACCUCCAUGUUAAGAGCUGUGUGGAGACAACCUGCAUAUGUUCUCAAUGUCGUAUACAGCUGCUUUAAUUAUACUACACAAAAGGCUGAAGUACCAAACAGUAUCACAGUUACACUCCAAAAUAAACAAGCAUUUUUAUUAAAGGUUAAAAUCAACAAGCUGAAGCAGACUGUAUUAUGAAGGCAAGUUUUCUAUGCAGAGCAUCAGUAUGCAGUUCACUGUGUCACUGUUUUAUUUACACGUCGAAUAUCUGAAUAUACAGUUUUUCAUGUUUCUGCCAAGGAUACAAGCUGCUGUUUCUUAUGAACAAAGACACUAUAGAACGCUACUUUCAAUCUAUGUGGCUUUAUUUCAAAUGUGUGGGUAUGGUAUUACAUUGUGCUGUCAUAAUUUCCUUUGUGUUGAGAUGGAUAGAUUCUACUUUACCUUCUACGUAAAUCACCGUUGUCAUAGUGAAGGCUUCAGUUCCCUUUGCUUCUUGUUUCAUUUUCAGUACCCACAUCGUACAGAAAGGUGUCUGAGACUUGCCCUGAAAUGAAAUGUGUCUGUGCGCCGAAGGCAUCAUCAUUGGUGCACUUUGACACACUUUGCAGAGCAGGAAGACUAUUUUAAUCUUGUCAUGUCUAAAACCAAAAUGGUUGUGUUGUCAAGUAAUUAAUCUUCCUGCAGGCAUUAGUCAUAGCUUUGAUUAAAGACAUACCGCUACAUUAUAAAUCAGAUUUUUAAGCUUUUGUUGGAAAAGGCUCUCGGCUAGUUGAGUCAAACACAACCCUCAUUUAUUUUUUACUAACAUUUUCAGUAAGCUAUGAUUCAUUUUUUAAUUUUUUUUUAUAUCUUUUGAGCCAGUCUUAAUUAAUUAAGCAAUAAUAGCUGAAUGUCUUAUUUAUUAGUGUUGGUUCUUUGCACAAGUUUUGAGUCGAAAGUGCUGUUAGUAAAUCUUCUUGAAGCGUGUGGAUUCAAAGUUGGAGAUUGAGAAAGUCAAGCACAGAAGCUUUUAUUCUCCAAACAAAAACCUAGCACUCAUGACAAUAUUAAAACCACUAAAUCAGAUGCUUAGUUUUCUGCUCGAAAUGUCAAGAGGGACUGAAGAUAGCUUUGUUUUGACUGAGGCUACUAUUUGGCUUUAGUGUUUGACAUAGCCUGAGCGUACUCACAAAGGCUGCCAUUCUCAGUCGAAGACAUGAGUUGCAAAUUCUACAAAAACAGGCAAAAUCACUAUAAUCACAGGGUAGUUAAAAUAACAUGGUAGCUGGAGAUUUGUGCUCUUAGUAGCUAAGCCUCUACUAACAGUGCUGAAAUGACAGCUGUGUAAUAAACAAAAUAAUGGAUCCAUUUAGAGUCUGAUGCUCACACUGAAAUUGUGUGAGAAGAAAAAUGUAUGACAGAGAAUAAAACAACUCACCUUGAAACUUGCAGAAUACCAUUUUCAAUAUCUGAGCAACCCUAAUGUUAUAAUGGCUGCAAUUAGAACAUGCUUUCACAAAUCAGUAUAAGCCAAAAUUCACCGUUUCCAUCUUUUCAGUCCAUUUUCCUGAAAGCUACUACAUACAUCUGGUACAAACACAAGGCCAGAGUCUCUUCCCUGCCAACAAGAUGUAGAUAAUUACUGACACAUGAUUAAAUAAAUUCACAGUAGAUUAUUAUAAUUUAUUUGAGAGGCCGAUGCUGAAGAAGAAUAGAGUUAAAGUAGGAACACAAAGUCUGUAUUGCAUUUUAAAUGUAUGUUUGUUUCUGUUUUUCUUUGCAUGGUUCAAUCCACAUGUGGCCCCACACACACACGCACACACACACACACACACACACACACUGACACAAUGUUUACUCUGCCAAACUGAGCACUUCUGUGUUAACACUAAUUAUUUUGUGAAAUGUGGAUCGAAGAUGUUUUUAUAUGCAAUUUUUCUACAUUUUAUAAAGAUUUAAAAAAUCUCUGUAUAUAUUUGUGGACACACAUAGACCCAACUGUGUGCAGGUGUGUGUGAGAGAGAGAGUAAAUAAAUAAAUUUAUUAUUAACAGUUAGUUUUUGGGUUGUAGUGAUUUGGGAAAAUGAUGCGAAGGUAUCUAACUGAACUCACAUGCAAUGUAUUCCAUGAUUUGCAUAGGGGUGUAAGAAGUAUGCUUUCACUGUAAAACAACAGUUUCUGCCUGAACUGUCUGCUGUACAUAAUGGUAUAUUGUUUUAUUUUUCAAUACAUCAAAUAAAAAGGUAUUAUUUAUGAA